UUAUUACAAGAACAAAGUCGACAGUUAACAGAGUUAUCUACAAGAUUAGAGAUGUAUGCUACAGAUGGUGAAGAGAAACGUCAUACUUUAUCAGCAGCUGCUCAGGAUCUGUCAGAAAUCAAGAGUGAAUUAAGAAGAAAGGAACAGACAAUAAGACAACUAAAUAAACAGACCAUGCAAUAUGAAUUUGAUAAGAAAUCAUUUGAAGGAAAUUUAACAGAUGCUGAAAAUGCUUUGAGAACGGCUGCCAAAGAUAAAGAAGUUCUAGCUAACUAUAUCAGAUCAGUAGAAAAAGCUUUACUUGAGGGUAAAAGACAGUUCCGUCAAUCACCAGAAGGUCGUGAAGUUACUUUAUCUCAGUUACUAUUAAAUACUGAUCUAAUACCUAGUGAUAUCAGUAAAGCUGGUCCAGAAUUAAUAGCUUGUCAGAAUCUGGUAGCAGCCUUUAUUGAUGUGUAUCAUUCAGCUACAUCUAAAAUCAAAUCACUAGAAGAAGAGGUGGUAGCACAUAGACAACAUGUGGAGGCUAUGAAACGAGAACUUAGUGAUACUAUACAUAGAGAA